UCACCAUGUUGAGACUUCAAGUGCCACCCAGCGCAAGGUUCUCGACUGAUCCGACGUUUCGACUUGCACAUGCACAUGCCAAAAGACCAAAUCAUGGUCCAGAAAGAUGCUUUCCCAUGUCCGAUCCUCCACUGAAAAGGACACCGGCCAAGUGGCAUCUGCUUGUUUACAGCUCUGCCCAAACUCCAACACACCUAGCUAAAGCUAGCUAAAGCCCAGCUCUCUCGGGCACCAAUGCGUCUCCAUGCUUUCUAGAACUUGGAAAGAGUCUUCCAGUUAAUGCAAUGCAGGGAGACUAGCAGCUCUCAGACAGACCGAGUGAGCUAGAAGCCAAGGCACUGUACACGAGUAAGCUAUACCGCUUGACUUUCUGAAAAGCUUAUCUGUUCCGUUUCAUAAGUGGAAGAUCGUUAGCUUGACUUUUGUUCAAGUAAGCUGUCUUUCUUGCAUUUAUUUUUCUCUUCUGUCAUAAUCUCAUACAGAUCCGUUUCCAAAUGUCUGCCCCGGAAGUUGUCAGUAAUGGAGUUGGGAGCAGUCAGAAGGAGGCAACAGUCGAGAGGGACGCGGGUGUGAUCCAAGCAGAAGGGCAUGACGAAGCAUUGCCAGAAGACCCAGAAAAAGCGAAUCAAGAUGCAAUUGGAUCACCAGAAGAUGAUAACAUACACCCAGAGAACUCAGCAAAUCUCCUGGAAAGUGUACAUGAGGAUCCGGAGAAAGAAGAGAUAGCUGGGGCAAUAGCUGCCCAGGACAGGGCAAGAGCUAGAGCAGAGAAAGAGGAUGAGAUCCGUCCACUCAGCCAGGUUGAUCCGAAUGCAGGUGACCCAUCUGCAUCUUCCGAUUUCAUGGGCGAGGAUGCUACAACAGUCGAUGGAAUGGAAUCCACUGUUGACGGGUUAGACGACCCUAAGGCAGCACCGAUACCUCCCAUACGUCCACCACUUGAGAAAUUAGCACAGAAAAAUCCAAAGCCUACGGACCACCUUUCCAUCACCCUUGGACCCUUCAUGAUCAUCCUCUUCGACGUCGUAGUUCCGAUAAUAAUAUACUACGCAUGGUACAACACCCGAGUUCGACAACGAAAUAGAGAAUGUCGUCGACAAAACCAACCAAUAGGUAAUUGUUCCAUCGUACAGAUUGAGUACGACGAAGAAAUCUUGGGAUACGCCGUUAUAAGUUUCGGGUUCGGCGAGCUCUAUAUCUUAAUCGUUCGAGUUGCACGUCUUCUCAGAUACCGCGAGCUUUGCGCUCCUCUCCUCUCGCGCUCAAAGUGGGAAUUGGACGCAACAUCCUGGGUGUAUGGCGUCUCGAUGAUAUGUGCCCUCAUUCCCUUCGUAGUCGGCAGCACCCUGGAAAUUCCACAGCUGUAUCUGUACUCACCUGGAUUCCUCAUGGCCUUCCUCGGCUGCGUUAUGCUGAUAUCGGUUUUCCCCAUCCCGCUACCCAUUGGCAUCAAUUCGCAUGCACGAGGCACUCCGAUGCGGCCUUUCAUCUACUACGCAGCCGAGGACUUUAUCGCUGUUGACGGCCUGCAAGAUCGCGAAUUCCGCGUGCGAUACAACGCUCGCUACGACUCGUCGAAGGCUUUCAGACGUAUGUUCACAUACCUCACGUGGUGGUGGAUUUCUGGCGUCAUAAUCUAUCUCGGGUGCUUGUCAGCCGUCAUCUGGAAACUGAGAUUUCACUACGCAUUUGGCCUGUCUUUGGGUGUCCUCUUCGCUUACCUCACAAUCUGGGCAUUGGCGUCUUAUUACUUCGUGAUGUGGUCGAUGCAUCGAGAGAAAAUGGCGUGGGAGAGGGGAGCUUCGGCUUGA